CAACCCUUUCCUAAAUAACCAAUUAUUACAUAGAUAGAAGCCCUUUCAUAUUUUUUCUCCUCAGCUCGUCAUCCGUCAUCGUCAUCGUCAUCGUCAUCUGACUCAUCUCCCUUCUCCACAAAAUCCAGACCAGAGAUCGUAACUCCAAACGAAAAGUUGAAAUCUAAACCAUAACAUCAUCUUCGCCGCAACGCAAUCACGCACUCCAAUUCUCCGAUCGCCGCGCUCCGUGCUCUGAAGCCCCAAAUCGCCGCCGCGCUCGGUGCUCUGAAACCCUAAAUCGCCACCCGCUCUUGCGCACACUCCACUCGGAACUCUACGAAGCUCGUCUUCUCACACAAGAUUGCCACAUUAAUCUCCUCCUACGGGCUGCACUCGAUUGAACCAAUCCAAGCUCUCAAGAGUUAUACAUACUGCUGUAAUGGAGCUAAAGGGGACGCCGGUCGAGCACGGAUACCACAUGCCUGCGGAGUGGGAACCCCAUUCCCAGUGCUGGAUUGGAUGGCCUGAAAGACCUGACAAUUGGCGUGAUCAUGGAGUGCAUGCUCAACGGGCAUUCGCCAAAGUUGCUACAGCUAUUUCAAGAUUUGAACCUGUUACUGUAUGUGCAAGUCAUGCACAGUGGAACAAUGCGCGCAGUCAGUUGCCAGAGCAUAUUAGGGUGGUUGAGAUGAGCAUGAACGAUUCUUGGUUCCGUGACACUGGUCCAACAUUUGUUAUCAGAAAUACUUUAUCGAGUGAGGAGAAGCUGGGUCACAAGGUUGCAGGAAUUGAUUGGAAUUUCAAUAGCUAUGGUGGAAAAGAUGGAGGUUGUUAUGAAGACUGGAGCCUUGACCUACUUAUUGCUCGAAAGGUUCUGGAAAUUGAAAAGACUCCGAGGUUUCCCCAUUCUAUGAUCCUUGAAGGCGGAAGCAUUCACGUAGAUGGAGAAGGGACAUGCCUUACAACAGAAGAGUGCCUCCUGAAUAAAAACAGAAACCCUGGUUUAACCAAAGCACAGAUUGAAGAUGAGCUCAAAGCAUAUCUUGGAGUUAUGAAGAUCAUAUGGUUGCCUCGUGGGUUAUAUGGUGAUGAUGACACUAAUGGCCAUAUUGAUAACAUGUGCUGUUUCGCAAGGCCUGGUGUUGUCUUAUUGUCAUGGACCGAUGAUGAAUCAGACCCACAAUACGAGAGAUCUGUUGAGGCCCUUUCAGUUCUUACAAGUGCCACGGAUGCUAGAGGUAGAAAAUUAGAAAUUAUCAAACUCCAUGUGCCCGGUCCACUUUAUAUGACAGAUGAGGAGGCUGCUGGGCUCGAACAGGAUGGUGAUGCUAAGGAUAGGGUUCCCGGCACAAGGCUUGCGGCUUCAUAUAUAAACUUCUACUUUGCUAAUAGAGCAAUUAUUACACCCCAGUUUGGCGAUAAGAAGUGGGAUGAUGAAGCUGUUCGCGUUUUGUCCUCGGCAUUUCCAGAUUAUGAGGUCAGGAAAUUGUCAGAGUUGAAGGAGCUCGUGAGAUUGUACUCGGUGGAGGAAACAUCCACUGCAUCACGCAACAGCAACCGGCUAGUCCAUAAUGUUCCUGCACUUUGAUCUUAAUAAUUGACCCUAAGAUUUGGGUUCUACUUCUUCACUAUAUGUAGCUCCGUUUUAAAUGAAUGGUUUGCUGCAAAAACUAUUGCAGAAGAGAAGGGAGGGUUAUUUAUGAAACAAUUUGUUGUAUUAUUGCAUGUUGAUAAAACUGGAUUUCUUUAAACAUUUGUGUUUCAAGUUAUGGUGAC